GCACAAGAAAUGAGGUCAUCAUUAUACCUCCAUGGGAUUGGCUCACUGAGGGAACAGAGUCUUCUAGUAAGGUUUAAAAUAGAGCCAGGGUGAUUCCUUAGUGAAUCAAUCUAAUACACCUUGACAUUUCUGCUGGGUUCACUUCAAAUAAUUGACUUCUUUCUCAGCAGACCCACAUUUGUGCUUAUAAAAGUGCUUGGGCAGCUUUCAUAAUGUUACAACAGUAACUCAAGUAUGCUCAGGUCAAGGGUGCACCUGAGUUAAAACAGGAAUCAGAAACGGAUAGGGCAAAUGGCAGAUGGGCUGGUCCAUCUUUAGCCCAGUGGAUUGGUAAAAAACAUUUUUUUGACCAGAAUUACCAUUAUUUGGAUAAUAAUGGGUGUCUAAAGGGAAAUAAAUGUGGCAGUGUGUUAGAUAUGCCCCAACCGAUUUCUGGUAUCAGUCUGUCCCUGACAGGAAGGCUCCCAAAGAACUAUAACAGUUGGCUAAUUCUCAUGGUGUUAUUUUAAUGCAGGGAUUAAUGUGUUUGAGUGUUAUGCCUUUUUCACUACGUGCUAUCAACACAUGCAGUAGUCCAAUAACCCCAGUUCCUAAAGACAGAUGACAACACAUGCAGUAGUCCAAUAACCCCAGUUCCUAAAGACAGAUGACAACACAUGCAAAAUAUAAAGAAGGGCAAAGCAGAGACAAUUUAGUAAAUAGUGGAGGAAUAAGGAGUUGGAGAAGGAAGUGAAAACAUUCCAGCCAGAGAGGGAAGCAGAAGAUAAAUCAGGAGAAGGUGUGGCCAAUCCAGGCCCACUAAUCCCAAAUGAUCUAGUUCCGCCCCAUUCUCCGCCUCUCGCUCUCAGAUUAGAAGUGAGGGCCAGAAUAAACAAUAAAGGCAUCGUAAAGGCAUCUCUGUCUCUCUGCAGACGACUCCUCAAACAAGAACAAACACUUGACAAACAUAAAACAUACACCCCUGGCACAAACACGCUUCUGGGUUUCCUCUCUGGAUUAUUUGGGGUGAGGAAUUGUAACAUGGACAGAUCUCCGACCAUACACAUAGCUCUGCUGAAGUCAGGCUGGCUUUGGAGACAGACAUCCAUCUUAAAGCGGUGGAAGCUGAAUUGGUGUGACCUGUGGAUCGAUGGGAGCCUGGUCUUCUACAAGACGGACAGCAGGCGAGAAUUUGAGCACCGAGUGGGUCUCAAGACCAGCUGUGUGAGCGUCAAGUCUGGCCUGGAGAGUGCAGGUCUCUCUCCCCCAGAGAACCACCCAAGUGAGAACAUGGUGGUGGUGCAGCUUAGAGAUGGCUCCACUGUGAUCCUGUGUGCCAACAGUGAGGACGAGGCACUAGCAUGGAAGUUGACAAUUCUAGAGGCGAGACGAAACCCAUUCCCGUAUGACCCAUACGACGACUCGUACCAGUCCGUCCCAAUGGACGGCAACAACACCAUCUACCUCACCCCUGGAUCAGGUACCCACCACAUACUGAUCCAGAGAGACCCAUACGACGGCAUAGGAGAGCAGGUGGCACUGGGGCUACUGGCGGGCAUGGCGGCGGGCGCUGCCAUGCGCUCCUUCCUCUGGAUGCCCUUGUUCUUCUGCUGAUAGAGAAGGUCUCUGAUCUGGACCAGGCUGCUUGCUUGGGCGCCCUCCCCCAGUGCACUAGCUCCAUGAGCAGGGAGGCACGGUUGGGAAAUUCCCAGGCUGCUGUAGGCCUCAUUCCUACAAGUCUUAUUGUAUUUCACAUAUAUUUUUUUCCCGGUUGCAGAAUAAUAGUGCACGAAUGUGUGCGUUUUAAUGUCACAUGCACACGUACAGUGAAAUGCCUUUCUUGCCAGCUCUAACCACAACAAUGCAGUAAUCAAUAUCAAUGUAAUACUAAAAAUAACAACGUAUAACAAAAACACAAGAUAUAAAAAUAAGAACACGAUAAAGUAAGUAAGCAUACUAUAUCAGGGUCAUUGUAUGUGUGAGCGAACGUGUGUUGACAAAUUGGUUUACAGAACAGGUUGAUGGUAACAUAAAUAUGUCCUUUAUAACAUAUGCUGUGUGAACUCAACCUAUUUAGUAAAAAUGCAUAUGAAAUGUAUACUGUAUGCAACAUACAGGGUGUAUGAAAAACAACGUCCCGAUCCGCAUAUUCAUCUGCCUGAGGUUAAUGGAACCCCCCCCACACAGCACCAUUGACUGCAAUUAUUUUGAGGUGCAAAAAAUGUAUCACUUUUAUUAACCUUACAUUCUGUACAUGAGCUUAAAUACAGAAUCUAAUUCACUAGUACAAUGCUGCUGUUGUCAAAUUUAAUAAAGGUUUUCAAAGCCAUGGAUAUGAGAAUUAA